AUGCCAACUUCUACAGAAUUCUUCGGCUACCACUUCACCAAUCUGGGCCCUCUAACAACAACCUACGAGCCCCCUGCAUCAUGCACAACCGCAACGACGGACCAUCUUUACUAUGCCAACGCAAGUGAACUCUCUGAUCUAUACGGGGCAGUUUCAUGUGGUGACAAGAUGGGUGACUGCUACCCAUCUGGCUCAGCCCACGACGAGAUAACCAGCCGAAACCUCAAGAUCGGGGGGCACCCUACAGUAGGCUUCUUUUCCCCCGGUGUGAUUUGUCCCAAAGGCUGGACAACUGCUGGGGUCUUUGCACAAGGUGACGAGGCGACAAAAGAUGGUGUCUUCACAAAGGAUCUUACCGCAGAUAGGCAGCUUGGCGCUGAAGAUAUAUGGGGUGGCGUCUUGGAACCUGGAGAGACUCUUGCACUCUGCUGCCCAAGUGGCUGGACGGGGGGUGCCUUAGGAUGGAAUUGUAUUUCAUCCGUCAAGCCCUUUGAGUCAGGCACAUAUUCGAGUUAUUGUCAACGGACCGCGCCGCUAUCCGCACUUGCAACAGCUAAAACCGUCGGAACAAGCGUGCUGUCAGAUGCCAUCUUCUCGCUUGGUACAUUUGAUGGCAAUGAAAUGACCGUGCCAUUCAGGACUGGAGCUGGUGGUGCCUGGCCUACAGAUCUUAGUGAGGUCGCAGUCAUCAAGAGUUUUCCCGCUGUUGGGAUGGUCUAUAAAGAAGAGGAUAUGAAAGAUGCUAAUGAAAAUGAGAGUGAUGGAAUGUUUUUCAAUUGA